AUGAAGCUUGAAGUCGAAGCUAUCUCACAGGACACUGUCAAACCCUCAUUUCCAACCCCUCCACAUCUCCACCACUACCAGCUUUCCUUCCUUGAUCAACUUCAACCUCUCGUAUUCAUGCCUCUUGUUCAUUUCUACCCGAAAUACAGUGAUACUAAUCUCACCAAUAUAGAACAAAGUGACCGGAUUAAGAAAUCUUUAUCGGAUGCCUUAACCCGAUUUUACGUGCUAGCAGGACGAGUUAAGGACAAUCUUUAUGUGGAUUGCAACGAUGAGGGUGUCCACUACGUUGAAGCAAAGGCAAAUUGCAAACUUUUUGAAUUUCUUGAGGAUCCAAUUCCAGGUGAGCUCAACAAGUUUCUACCAUAUGAAUUGGACGAAGUCAAUGAGUUACCCGCAGCAGUGCAGGUCACCUUCUUCAGCUGUGGUGGGCUUGUGAUUGGAGUUCUCAUGUCCCACAGAAUUAUAGAUGCUUUAUCUUUCAUCUUGUUUCUCAACAGUUGGGCUGCUAUUGCUCGUGGUCAUGGCAACAUAGUUACUCCUCCAAUGGAUUCCGCCACGCUAUUCCCACCACAAGAAUUAUCUGGCUUAAAUAUGAAUAUUGGGAUCACAAAGGAUAAUAUUGUGACCAAGAGGUUUGUCUUCGAUGCAUCUGCUAUAGGUUCCAUUAGAGAAAAAUACAGUUCUGAUGACAAGAGCAUCGAAUACCCACGUCCGACUCGCGUUGAGGCCUUAUCUGCUUUCAUAUGGAGCCGCUUCAUGGCUUCUACUCAAUCAAAACCAGAUCCAAAUAAGAUCUACAAAAUUGUUCAUGCUCUGAACCUAUGUACCAGGACUGACCCUCCUCUUUCAUUUGAUUACUUUGGUAAUAUUACCCGUUUCGCUAUGUCAGUACCAUCCAGGGACACUGAAGAGAGCUUUCAUGGCAUUAUCAAACCAAUGAGAGAAGCGAUACAGAAAAUUGAUGGAGAUUUUGUGAAAAUGCUCCAACAAGGUGAUGUGUACUUAAAAUAUAUGAAAGAGAACAUCUCUAACUUCGUAAAAGGGGAGCUGGUUACGCUUUCCUUCACCAACUUGUGCAGGUUUCCUCUAUAUGAGGUUGAUUUUGGGUGGGGCAAGCCUGCAUGGGUUACCUCAGCAAAAUUCACGUUCAAGAAUUUAAUUACCUUUAUUGACACAAAAUCAGGAGAUGGAAUUGAGGUAUGGAUUAACCUGAAAGCGGAAGACAUGGCUAAAUUCGAAACCGACAAUGAGCUCCUUGCCUUUGUUUCACCAAUGAAGUUCGCUAAGCGUAAGGUGAUUCUAGAUGAGCUUGAUAGGGAGAUUAGGAGGAACUUUGAGUGUAGGGGUUGGUUGCCUCUUGUAGAUGUAGAUCAUCCUUUUCCAACUGCCUUGAUAAGAGAGUUCUAUUCGAACCUCUCUGUCCACUCCGAUGAUUCCAACACUCAAUAUGUGAUGAGUUGGAUAAGGGGUGAAAAGUAUGUCAUUACUCUUUCAGUAGUGGCCUCUACUCUUGGUGUACCUCUGUGGGGUACUGAUCCCUGUAUCACCUCCCAUGAGCUUACUGAACUCAAUUACUUGUUUUUCCGGGUUUCCUUUAAGGUUCAUAGGAGUAGUUCUAAAUCACAUGGUCUUUUCUUUCCGGCGUUUAUUCAUAGGAUUUUGUUACAUUUAGGUUUAAAGGAUUUUCCUGUAUUUGAGCUUGUCCAUAUCAUCACUCCCAUAUGUGCCACCUUCUUUAGGCAAAGAGCAAUUCAGAUGAAAGCUAGCUCUAAACGCCCUAGAGUAGAGUCUUCUACAGAUGUUGCAUCUCAUCCUCCUUCUUCAGGCGACCCCACUGCUAAGGAGCAUAUCAAUCCCACUGCUGCUGUUGAUCCUCCACCUUUUUCUUCGAGUGAUGCAUCCAUUCGGAGUAUGUUGGAUAUUGUUAUGACCGUUCAAGUGGCACAUGCAUGGACAGCUUUUGGUGGACGUGCUCAUGGAGCUUCAGGCUUUGCAUGUUGA